AGUGGCGACGGUCGCGCAGCAGUUGUUCACUCCGCACCGCCGACAUCGCUCGCUGCUGCUACUGCUGCUGCUGACUCCGCUGAGCGGCAGUUUUCUUCCGUGGCUCUCUUCACGUGCAACUUGCAAGUCCUCGCGCAGUGUGUUGGUAGUUUAAUUAGUGUGUGGACCUUGAAGAAGAAAGCACAUAGCUAGAGCUACUUUUACGUGUACAUACAUUAAAAACACACACACGUCGUUCGACGCGCGCCUUCCUCGCGCUCCUACUGCUGUUGUGCUGUUUUUUUAAUUGCUGCUUGCUCGACGACGACAAGAGUGUGUGUAAAGUCGCUCAGUCCGCGGGGCCGCGCGCAGACAACCUCUACCCUAUAUAUAACGUAAAGAACACCCGUCGACGACGAGCGUUGAUACAACACAGACAGCCCCGUUGGUUGCCAGGAGAGGAGCCGCCGCUGUUGUGUCGACGACCAUAAUUGAUACCAUACAUAACAUCGCCAGUGAUCCAGGAUGGCUCAGAACAACUAUUUCGGUUUCACUCACGGUGGCACUCAGUACGGGUCCGUCUUGCCACCCAACAGAGCUGCAGCUUAUCAGACCGGCCAGGCAGGCUACGCGGUGAGUCCAGCUGCCACUGCAGCUACUUAUACGCAACGACCGGCUGCCGCCGCCGCAACUGGAUACGAGACCUAUCAAGCGGCUGCCGCAGCCGCUGCUACGGGCACCACCUACGCCGUACCGCAAACUUACGACUACGGUUACGGUAGAGCAGCUCCAGCGGCAACUUACGACGCCACCAAGACCUACUAUCAGCAACCAGCUGCAGCAGCUACUUACACCACGACCGAGACUCACUAUCAGGCGGCUAAGCCAGCUUACAGUACGACCAGUGCUUACGCGGGUGCUCCUCGUCAAGCUACGACCACUGGUCAAGCCAAAACUUAUCAGGCCACCAGCACCGCUUACCCACAAACAAAUCCAUCUCAGAACACCUCGUAUACAUCUGGAUAUUCUGCACCGGCUGCCCCUGCUCCUGCCCCAGCUGCAGCAGCUAACAAAGCUCCAGGAACAGCUUAUUCUGGUUACGACGCGGCGCUUUACAGCGCUGCCACGAUGUACGUAGCUCAGCAACAAAGCGCAAAUACCAACUCAGCCAAUCAAAAGCCAGGCGGUUGGCAAAGCUAUCGCAAAGGUUUUGGGGCUGGUGGUGGAGGUGGUAACAUGAAAGCCAUGCGACCCAAACAACCACCAAAGCCACAACAACUGCACUACUGUGAUGUUUGUAAAAUCAGCUGUGCUGGUCCUCAAACUUAUCGAGAGCAUUUAGAGGGACAAAAACACAAAAAGAAAGAAGCUUCUCUCAAAGUUCCGCAGCAGCCACCAACUAGAGGAGCUGGUAACUCUCUCAGAUGUGAAUUGUGUGAUGUGACCUGCACUGGCAAUGAUGCCUAUGCUGCUCACAUUAGAGGAGCUAAGCAUCAAAAAGUUGUCAAGUUACAUACCAAACUUGGAAAACCAAUUCCCAGCGCUGAUCCAACAGUUUUGAAUCCUAAACCAGGUCAAAAAGCUGCAGCUACAACAACAGCAAAGAAAGGUGUGAUAACUGCUACACCCAAGAUCAACUUCAUUGCUUCUGGCAAUUUGGGUACAGUUAAUCAACCACAGGAAAAAAUUGAAGAAACUGACGAAGCAGUAGAAGAACAAUCUUCUGAUGAUAAAGACAUCCAACCUGUUGGUCAAGAGUACAUAGAAGAAAAUAAAUCUGAAGAUGGAAAAAUAAUUAGUUUCAAUUGCAAAUUAUGCGAAUGUCGGUUUAACGAUCCUAAUGCCAAAGACAUGCAUAUGAAAGGAAGAAGACACAGAUUUGCAUACAAAAAGAAAGUCAAUCCAGACCUUGUUGUUGACAUGAAGCCUAGUUUAAAGCAACGCAAAAUGUUGGAAGAAAAGCUACGGCAGCAGCAGAUGCGCGAAGAGUUCAUGCGUCGCCGCGACGAAAUGUCCCAAAUCGGUCCCUUGGGCCCAAUGGGUCCGAUGUGCGACGAAGAAAUGAUGUAUUGGGAGGAGAGACGACGUUACGAGGAAGACUUCGAGUAUUACGAGUGGUACAGACGUUACGGCCGAGGCCCGGGUGCUCCACCCAUGCCGCCAAGGCCGUUCCCUGGCCCACCGCCCGGUAUGAUGAUGUUCCCCGGACAUCAACAACGCAGACCUGACUCGUCGGACGACAAGCAUGUAAUUGCUCAUCACUCGACUAUCUAUCCCAAAGAAGAAGAAUUGCAAGCUGUCCAAAAGAUUGUCUCGCACACUGAGAAAGCGUUGAAAUUCGUUUCGGAUUCGCUGGCUGAUUCGGCUUCGCCAACGCCCAAUACCAAUUCGGCAAACGCAAACUCGAACGAUACCAAAAAAGACGACUCGGCCAGUACUGCAGCAACCACUGGCACUACAAACAAAAAGAAUCAAAAAGAAGAUGGAAGCGAUGGUAAUCUAUUUUCUUUCCAAAAAGAAAAAGAAGAUUCGCGGAUUCUUCGUGGCGUUAUGCGAGUUGGUAAUUUGGCAAAAGGUCUGCUGUUAUCAGGAGAUAAUCACGUUUGUCUUGUAGUACUAUGUGCUGAAAAACCGACUAGGACUCUUCUCAACAAAGUUGCUGAGAUCUUACCGGCUCAGCUGAAAUCAGUUGCUCCAGAAGAGAGUUAUAAUGUAGGAAAACAUCCAGAAUCAGCAGCAAUUACAGUUUCAGGUGGAAGUGUCACCGUCAGUGUCACUUUGACUAGUCCAUUAAUGCGUGAUCCGGUUAAACCAGCAGGAGAUAAUGCUGGACAGCAGCAGGGAGCUGCUCAACAACAAACGACGCCUGCGACACCGGCUGCGUCGAAACCAGAUCCACCAGAUGUACUACCCAAGGCUAAGUGUUUGGAGGCUUUAGCUGCACUCAGACAUGCCAAAUGGUUUCAGGCUAGAGCAACGGCACUUCAUAGUUGUGUUAUGGUUAUUCGUAUUAUGCGUGAUUUAUGCAAUCGCGUACCUACUUGGGGGCCACUAAAUCCAUGGGCAUUGGAGUUACUUACGGAAAAAGUGUUGAGCACGGCCGGAGUACCUUUAAGUCCGGGUGCUGCUUUAAGGAGAUUGCUGGAAUGCGUCGCUGGAGGCAUCAUUCUCCCAGGAAGUCCAGGACUGGCAGAUCCAUGCGAAAAAGACCCUGUUGAUGCGAUCGGUAACAUCACCCCUCAACAGCGUGAAGAUAUUACAGCUUCAGCUCAACACGCUCUGCGUCUUGUAGCUUUUCGUCAAAUUCAUAAGGUGCUCGGUAUGGAACAAUUACCUCCACCAAAACACAAAAGUCCUUUCACACGCAAACGCAGACGUGACAAUAGCAACGGCGAGAGCACCGAUAGCGAAGCCGUUAAAAAAGACAAGAAGACAGAGGAGAUAAAAAUGGAAACAGACUCGAAAUAAUCAAGCUCACCUAAUUCUUAUACACUAACCAAAAUUAACACUAUUAUAACACCUAUUUACUAUUAUGUAAGAUUCACAAUUUAUUUAUUUGAUACUCGAUCAGUUUUAAUUUUUAAUGAGAAAGACCAUGAAAUGUUACACUUAUGAUGUGGACGUGAAAAAGUAAACAAACGUAUACUAACAAUCACGAAUUUUGUUAUUUUUUCUAAAAAUAACAAAUCAAGUCCAAAAAAAUCUCUAAUUACUUAAAAUCGCACGAAUGGGUUUGAAAAAUGAAACAAGGCAAAAAUCAGGUAGUAGUGUAGAUGAGUUUUUGUCGAUGAUUGUAGAAGAAUAAUGAAAAAUGUAAUUAGGUUUUUAAAUAAAAAAAUGUAUUAUUUAAAAUUAUUAUAUUUUCAAAUUUAUAAAAAUAUUAUAUAAUUUUGUGUUAUUUUGAAAGCAUAACAAAAAACAACUUGAAAGUUAAGAUUAGACCUAGUUGAAAUCAAGACUUCUCAUGUGAAUGUAUUGUGCAGUCAUAAUAUAAUGAGCAAAUGA